AUGGGGUUCUCCCCAACAGCUUUGCGGGGGCCAGUAGAAGCCUCCGUGAACCCCGUUGGAGUGGAAACACCCCUCUCGGCAGAACACUGCUGCGACGAUGGACCUCUGGUGACGCGUCCCCUGCAUAGGAGCAAACCGUUCUGGCCCCCAUAUUUCCGCGUUUUGGCAUUGACGUUCGCCUCUUUGGCAGUGCUAUAUUGGGUAUUACGCUGCUUCGACCGUCUGAGGUCUGGACGGAAGUCAGCUGGCACAUCGAGGGCGCUAGCCGACGUCAACGAAACGGCGUGCCUUGGCGACCACGGUACCGACACAGAUAAGGAGGGGGGGGAAUCUGAGGAUGGUGGGUUCCCCGGGCCGUCUCAUGAGGCCCCGCAUACGCUGCCAUCCGAGCUUCCCGCGGCCCAAGGUAUGGAAACAGCAGCGGCAAAUGAGGCGUCAGCUCACCUUCUUCAGGAAUGGUCUGGGGCGGAUGGCGAUGCCUUUUGGCAGUGGUAUCCAGAGACUGCAGGUGGUGCAAGUGCGGGGGAGCCGUUUCUUCAGUGGACGCAACAUCCGCAGGAGCUCCAGUUAGAUCCGUUGCAUGCCGGUGGCAUCUAUUUUCCGCCUGGAGACUUACACCAAAGCAUGUAUGAACCACCGGGUCUCUCUGCACAUCCGUUAAGCCAAGAGUCUGCUACUCAAGAGCCAUAUAUGUCUAUGGCACCCUAUACAGAUACCUCCUAUCCCUAUUCCAAAGAACUAAGUGACCAAGAGGCGGUCCUUCUCCCCGUCGCGUACUUGGAGGGACCAAGGUAUCAAACUCCACAUAAUGCGAUGGAGUCGGCGCAACUGCAGUUCAGUCAGGGUGGGCUGCGCACUCAUCAGGACGGCGAUUCUACGUCUUCCGGUGAAGCGCCCGAGGGGGGAUCUGCUCAGAAGCAGCGUUUCAAUGUUGGUGAGACGCGGGAAGAUUGGGAAGGGCGAGGGUUGCCUCCUCCAGCACGUCAGCAGAUCGUAAAUCUUCUGGACUGGAUGCAUAGAAAUGCUUGCAUGUGUAACAGUGUACUUCCUUUUCUUAGCACGGACCAGGGUGCGCGUUUGGCUCUCAUCACUUUGAAGAUGUUGACGCUGGAUUUAGGGGUCUUGUCGCUUCUUCCCGAGGAUCUUGAGCCUGUUCGACAAUCUGUAGGUGACGCCCUCUUAGAAUUAGUAGAAAGCACGACAUCCUACAAGGGAAAAGGCCAAGAAGAAAAUUACAUCAAAGAGGUCAGCCGCAUGGCCCCUUUGAUUCGGCAAAUCAUGUUGCCAAGGCAUGAGGAUAGAGUCCUGGAUCCUGAAAAGCGACGAGCUCGGACGCUUACCAUGACUGGAUUGAUUCGAAAGACUAACCAGUAUUUGGCGAAGAUAUUGUGGGAGAUAUCCCGGUUUGCUGAGUCCUCUCCACUUGAGGAUUUAACGAAAGCAGUAGGGCAGUGCAUUAAAGUUUUGAACGGCCUAUGGGAGGUGCAUAGGAAGUACGUCAACUUGGACAGAGUCCACCGCCGUCAUAUUGUGACAUGCCAAGGAGACACCAACACCUGGGUGCUUUUAAGCCGUCAGGAGAUACAUACUGAUGGCAAAGAUAUAUUCCCCCCAUUCGAGAAAAUCAUUCAAGAAUUUGAGCAGGCUACUCUCAGUGCUGGAGGAAUCCCACGCAUUGCCGCAAGCGUUUCUGAGACUGCAGGGGAUAGUGCCAACACCGCAACAGAUUACUUGGCGUGGUGGCCAUUUAUCCCUCCAAGUACUGAGAAUUCCCACCUUGGUGUUCCUACCUCUCCACAACAGAGCCACAUGACUUCUCCAACCGAUCAGUACCCCCAUCCCUCAAGCACUGAGCCCAUCACUCAAGCCUUGUCUCCUGAAGGAUGGUUAGAUGAUCAAACCCCUCCAGGAUGGUAA